AUGGCGAUCACUACAGACUACCCUGGAAUCAAGGUCGAAGUUCGUGUUGCUGAAGCCGUCCUACAGGAAUAUGACGACGAUGAGGCGGAGAGCUCGACGAAUGCGGCGACGAAAUACAUCGAGGCCACUUCCGGGUCGACCUUCGACAUUCGCUUUGAGAUGACUCCAAAAUGGCCAGACAACCCAGUCUUAUUUCGAACUUAUGUAGAUGGGCGGCACGUUCGAGAUCGUAUCGCAAAGCAGGAGGACUUCAGAGGUACUAGCUACGAGAUGUUGGUUGAAGGCUCAGCUUAUACAGAAAACGAGCGGUGGUUCAUAACCAAAUUUGCUUUCUCUGCCCUCCGAAUUGAUGAUCCUGACGUCCGUUCCGCUGCAGACCAGCUUAUGAAAGACAUGAAAGAGAUGGGAGAGAUUGAGGUCCAUGUUUUCUUCGUCAAGAACGUUCGCAAUUCCAGCAAGCUGGAGUUAUCUGCAAUGAGUACCUCGGACUUUGGCAACAUACCGGAGAAGGCUCUGAAGGGCAGAGCCUUGUCCCAUCAAAUAAUUCUGCGUACUCCAGAAGUUAUACCGAAGACUACGCAGCUGACAUGCCGAUACAUGAACAAUGAUCGCAAGCCCUUCAUCACUUUCAAAUUCAAGUACCGGUCUAAGGCUGCCCUUCAGUCUCUUCUUAUCAUCCCCCGCAAUCCCAGUCCAGUACCGCUCGAAGAUCGUGACGUCGACACCCUUACUCUAGAGGAGUCCCACGAACUACUCCGGCGUCAUCGUGAACGAGAAGAUGCCGCGCCAAGUGUCAAACGAGAAAGAUUCAAGCGAGAACGAAGCAGUACCGCUGUCAUGGAGGAUCAGGAUGAUGACAACGUCUCUUUUGUAUCUGCUAAGCGCAGGAGGCUUCCCAUUACUCUAAACGAGGACGGUAUCGAGAUUGUCGAUUUGACUUAG